CAUGAUUCUAAUUGCGGAAACCAAAAUCUAGAUGAGACGUGUGUUUCUGCACUCAUCUCUCCUUCGAUCAAGACGUCCAUCUCAUCAUAUUACCCUCCCUUUGCCUCUAAGAAUGUCUUCCUCUUAUGAUGGCCCAUGGACUGCACGCAAAGUGCGCGAAGAAUUCUUCAACUACUUCCGCUCCAAAGAACACACUUUUGUUCCAUCUUCUUCAACCGUACCCUACGAUGAUCCCACUCUCCUGUUCGCAAAUGCUGGGAUGAACCAGUACAAAUCCAUAUUCCUGGGUACUGUCGAUCCCAAUUCCGAGCGAGGCAAGCUGAAGCGUGCUUUCAACAGCCAAAAGUGCAUCCGCGCAGGUGGUAAGCAUAAUGACCUGGAGGACGUUGGGAAAGACUCCUACCACCACACAUUCUUCGAGAUGCUCGGAAAUUGGUCAUUUGGUGACUACUUCAAGAAAGAAGCUAUUGAAUUUUCAUGGGAUCUAUUAACUAACGUAUACGGGCUGCCCAAAGACCGAUUAUAUGUUACCUACUAUGCUGGAGACCCACAAAAUGGAAUACCCACCGACGAGGAAGCAAAACAACAUUGGCUAAGCCAGGGUAUCUCACCAGAUCACGUUAUCGCAUCAAAAGGAAAUUUCUGGGAGAUGGGCGCGACCGGACCAUGUGGGCCUUGUAGGUGCGUAUCUCCCAUUUCUUAUCUCCCUCCGUUGAUCUUCCUCAGUGAAAUACACUUCGACCGCAUUGGUGGACGUAAUGCUGCACACCUUGUCGAUGGUGACGACCCAAACGUCCUUGAGAUAUGGAACAACGUCUUCAUACAGUUCAACCGCGACGAUGACGGCUCACUUAAACCGCUCCCAAGCAGGCAUGUCGACACCGGCAUGGGUUUCGAACGACUUGUCUCAGUCCUCCAGAACAAGCUUUCAAACUACGACACUGAUGUGUUCUCCCCGAUCUUCACACGUAUACAGGAAUUAACUGGAGCAAGACCAUAUAGUGGGAAAUUUGGCAACGAUGACGUGGAUGGUAUUGAUACUGCAUACCGUGUCGUUGCUGAUCACGUACGCACGCUUUCGUUUGCGUUGAGUGAUGGUGGUGUGCCCAACAACGUUGGCCGUGGUUAUGUCCUUCGUCGGAUCCUUCGUCGUGGUUCACGCUAUGUCAGGAAGAAGCUUGGUGCACCCAUCGGCUCAUUUUUCUCCUCUUUGAUGCCCGUGGUUGUGGAGACCAUGGGUGAUGCCUUCCCUGAGCUUACAAAGAAGCAAGGCGACAUCAAAGAGAUCCUUGACGAAGAGGAAGAGUCCUUCUCACGUACCCUCGAUCGGGGCGAGAAGCUGUUUGACCAAUACGCGACACGUACGAAAGAUCUGGGGGUCAACGAGCUCAAUGGUGCAGACGUAUGGCGGCUGUAUGACACGUACGGAUUCCCCGUCGACCUCACACGGCUCAUGGCGGCGGAGCUUAGGCUUGGAAUCAAUGAAAAGGAGUUCGAGGAUGCCCAAGAACAUUCAAAGCUCGCGAGCAAGGGAUCAUUCAAAAAGGAUAAAGCGGAUCUUGUGAAACUUGAUGUCCACGAUCUCGCUGCAUUGGAGAAGAAUGAUGCGAUACCCAAAACAGACGAUUCGUUCAAAUUUCAACUCGGAAAUGUCACUGCUACAGUGAAGGGCAUUUACUAUCACAAGGAAUUCAUCUCAUCAUCAUCUGGUAUACCGGCGGAUGCAAACUUUGGUGUGCUCCUCGACCGCACAAGCUUCUACGCAGAAGCUGGUGGCCAGGAGUAUGACACUGGCAACAUCGUCAUCGACGGCACCACCGAUUUCGAGGUGACAAACGUUCAGGCAUACAAUGGCUACGUCCUCCACACUGGUUCUCUCAAAUACGGCCAACUCUCUGUUGAUGAUGAAGUCAUCUCCUCCUACGAUGAGCUCCGCCGCUGGCCACUGCGCAGCAACCACACCGCAACGCAUAUCCUCAAUUUCUGUCUCCGCGAGGUGCUCGGCGAUCACAUUGACCAGAAGGGCUCGCUUGUGGCACCGACAAAGCUCCGCUUCGACUUUUCGCAUAAAGCACAGAUAUCCCUUCCCGAACUUGCAAAGAUUGAGUCUAUGAGCAUUGACUGGAUCAGGAAGAAUGUAAAGGUAUAUGGCAAGGAUCUAGAUCUCAAGACUGCGCAUAAGAUAUCCGGGCUGCGCGCGGUCUUCGGCGAGGCAUACCCAGAUCCUGUGCGUGUUGUCGUGCUCGGGUACGAUGUAGAUGAGGUCGCGAAGGAUAUUGACAACCCGAAGUGGCGGAGCACGAGUGUUGAGUUUUGUGGUGGCACUCAUGUCGCGAAGACGGGUGAUAUCAAAGACUUUGUCAUCACUGAGGAGUCCGGGAUUGCGAAGGGAAUCCGGAGGAUAGUCGCUGUGACUGGCCAAGAGGCGCAUGAGGCGUCCCGUGUCGCCAAUUCUCUGAAGGUCCGCCUUGAGCAGCUCGAGUCGACGGAAGGCAAGGAAAAAGAUACCGGGCUCAAGGUUCUUAGUGUGGAACUUGGCCAGGCAGAUAUAUCGGUCCUUCUGAAAGCAGAGCUCAAAGACCGUCUAGCGACUCUUCGCAAGUCGCUUGACAAGCAAAUCAAAGAGAAGGAGAAUGCGAUAAACAAGGCGGCCGUGAACGCUCUGGUCACCUUCUUCGAGGAGAAGCCUGAUUCAGAGGUCUACUUUGCCAUUCUUGAGGUUGAUGGUAAUGCAAAGAUUUUGCAAAACGUCGUCAUGCAAGGCAAGAAGCUUGGUAAGACGGUCUACGUUUUCAGUGUCGACGCAGAGGGUGGCAAGGUCGCACAUGCAAACUAUGUUUCUGAGUCUGCACGGUCAAGAGGUCUCGAUGCUCGAACAUGGGCAUCCAAAGUAAGCGAUAUCCUCGGCGGAAAGGCUGGUGGGAAGGAGGAUGGUGCUCAAGGUGUUGGGGUCAACGUCGCCCAGGUUGAAGAGGCUCUGAAGGUCGCGCGGGUGACGUUUUCAAGCAAGUAUAACUAGCGAUUUCUCUAUGCAAUGAACACCCAGCUAUUUACGUCUAUCCUUGUUGUAAUUCAGACAAUGCAUUGUACAAUGGGCUCUGCUUCAAAAUAUUUUUUUAUGGUACA